CCAGUGCGGACCAGAUUCCAGCCCGUGCCGAAAGCCCGACCCGAAGGUUUCUGUGGUAUUUGCACCAGAGGCAGAGUAGCAAAAAAUACCGAAUAGUUCUUGUGUGUGUGCCUACCGGGACGCUUGAAAUUGUGAGCCAGGAUGGGACGGUUUCCGCUGGUGACUGUGCUGCUGCUGCUGUUGUUGGGGACGGUUGUGUUAGUGAACGGUGCAAGUAACACGACUAACGCCAAAAGUGAAGUGGGAAGUGUGACAUACCUGGACGUUCUGAGACGGAUAACGAAUCUUCGGGGUGAUGAUAUACGAAAGAAUCUACGUUCGCUGCGUCAGCUUGCCAUACAGCACGGGCUGAUCAAGAAAAGUGAUGUGAACGAGCCCGAUGCCAGCACGGAAGAGCAAUCGUCGGAAGGGGAAGAAUCGUCGGCGGAAACAGAACCGGGUCAGGAUUUAACGGCCAUUGCUGAAGGUCGUAAGAAAGGCGGCGGAGGAGGCAGCAACAAUAACAUUGUAGUGGCGGGCGGUGGCGGUGGACACGACGAUGGUUCGUACUCGAUCAGCAUCGAGGACAGUGGCCACAAGAAGAAGGGCAAAAAGGGUAAAAAAGACAAGAAGCAUCGUAAGCACAAGCGUAAGGGCUGGAAAAAGCACAUGAAGAAGGCGGUCCCGAUCGGGCUGGGCAUACUGGCGCUGAAAGCCAUACUGCUGCACUUCAUUCUGAAGAAGCUCGUGCUCGCAACGGCUCUGUCCCUGCUGUUGAGUAAGAAAUCGCUGCUAGUGUCGUCGCUGAUCGCGUUGAAGCUGUUGCUGCAGCAGCCGCACAGCAGCGACAAGAGCGAAAGCAGCAAGCUGGAGGUGGUCCACAUUCCGAUCCGCAAAGAGGCCGGAUUCCACAAGAAGCACCAGCAGCAGCAGGUACCGUCGGGCAAGAUGAAGCUCCCGUCGAUCGGUACGUCAGCACCGAGCACGACCAAGGCACCGGCCCCGAGUCUGUCGCUGUACGAUCCGUACUCGGGUGGCGCGUCACAGCAUCAGAUCCAGCACACGCACCAGCAGAUGGCUGACUUCGGUGGGAAGUACAUUCCGCUCGGGUACGAAACGAAUCAUUUCCACUUCGAUGCGACUCCCUCGGUACCGGCCACGUUCGGCGAUGGGCUUAACUCGGUGCAGAACGUGGAGCAGUUCUUUGACGAUGCGGACGAGCUGCAGUUCGAUCGGCAGGACAAUGGGUGGGAUGGUUGGAGCGGUUGGAACCGGGGCGAGCGGUUCGAGCAGACGGGAGCCUCUGCACCGGCUAGCGGUGUUGUGGCGGGUGGUAAUGGGGGCACUAGUGGUGGUGGUGCCAGUGACGCCGGUUCUUAUGGUGGUUGGGGUGGAACCGCAUACGGAACAGCGCCAGAGCAGCAGACUGGCAGUAGCUACGGCACGCUCAAUCGUAGUCGGUACGGGGAGGUAUUUAAUGGCUACCGACAGGCACUACAGGCCAAUAACCCGCCACGGGUUAUGCAGCAGCUAAUGGGUAGGAGAAAGCGAAAGUUCUAGGGCGCAGGGUGACCGAGCGUGGACGAAAGAGCUGCGCGAUGAUGAUGAGAUAGGGAAUGCAGAUUAUGCCACGCUAGAUCGAACCGAAAGAAGCUGAAAAUGAUGCAGCAUUUAUGUGACUUAGCUUCGAAACGGUUGAGAAUGAAAGAACGCACGAGAACAAUCGCGUGAAUGAGAAGUUGGAAACCAAAAGAGAGCUUGAGAGAGAGAGAGAGAGAGAGAGAGAGAGAGAGAAGCAGUACAACGUUGGGAACAAAACAAAAAAUUAGGAAGCUCUACUCCUUUAUUUUGUCGGGAAACGGAUUUUUGUUGGAAAUUCUGUGACUUUUUGGAUCAUUUACAUAUUAUUUGGAGGUUUA